UCAGCUGCAUCACUAUCAACUUCUCUUUACAAGCUAACACGUAACCUUCACGAUUACUUCACCUUCCUAUCUCCAUAAUCUCCACUGUAGUUGCCGUGUUCUUCACCGUCGGAAAAUCCUACUUGUCCUAUAAAUACAUAUUUUUUUUUUAAAAUAGAGUAUAUACUAUAUACACAAAUAUAUCUCUAGUAAAAAGAAAACGAGGAAAUUGUGAACUCUGAAGUGUAUUUGUUGAUUCGAGAAAGUUGUUACUGUUUUUAUUCUGUCUUUUUGUGAGAAAGCAUUUUUGGUGUGAAGUUAUUAUUAGGGAGCUUAGAGAAUGGAGGUGAUUGUAUACUGGCUUGUGUUUCUCUAACAUUAAGCUUUUUGAGGAUUUCUAGGGUUGUAUAUAUUGAAUGGCGGUGGAGUAUAGAUGUUGUGAGACAGGGUUCUUUAUACAUAUUGUGAUAAUUGUAUUUCUGGUAGCUUUUGCUGGGUUGAUGUCUGGUCUUACGUUAGGACUUAUGUCCCUCAGUUUAGUUGAUCUGGAAGUUCUUGCAAGGUCUGGAACUCCUUCUGAUCGUAAAAAUGCUGAGAAGAUCUUGCCUGUUGUAAAAAAUCAGCAUCUUUUGCUUUGCACCCUGCUUAUUUGCAAUGCUGCUGCGAUGGAGGCACUUCCCAUUUUUCUCGACGGCCUAGUUACGGCUUGGGGUGCUAUACUGAUUUCUGUCACGUUGAUUCUUCUGUUUGGUGAGAUCAUACCACAAUCUCUUUGCUCAAGAUAUGGACUUGCAAUAGGUGCAGCUACAGCCCCAAUUGUUCGUGUUCUUGUUUGGAUCUGUUUUCCUAUUGCAUAUCCAAUAAGCAAGCUGUUGGACUUUCUGCUGGGACAUGGAAAUAAAGCUCUUUUCCGACGAGCUGAGUUGAAAACUCUAGUAAAUUUGCAUGGGAAUGAGGCUGGUAAAGGCGGAGAACUUACACGUGAUGAAACAAUGAUAAUUGCUGGUGCUCUUGAGCUGCAUGACAAAACAGCUAAUGAUGCGAUGACCCCGAUAUCUGAAAUCUUUGCCAUUGAUAUUAAUGCAAAGCUGGACAGGAAUCUGAUGAACUUGAUUUUGGAGAAAGGGCAUAGCAGGAUACCGGUCUACUAUGACCAACCUACAAACAUAAUAGGGCUAAUUCUGGUCAAGAAUUUGUUGACCGUCCAUCCAGAAGAUGGAACUCCUGUGAAGAACGUUACCAUCCGAACAAUCCCAAGGGUCCCAGAUUCUAUGCAUUUGGAUGACAUACUGAAUGAGUUUCAGAAAGGUCAUAGCCAUAUGGCUGUGGUUGUAAGACAGUGCAACAAGGAUAUGGAUGCUAGCAAAUCCCCUGUAGAGAAUCCCGUGAAAGAUGUCAGGGUAGACAUUGAUGGUGAAAAGACUACACCCGAGAAGAGUCUGAAGACAAAGCGAUCAUUGCAGAAGUGGAAGAGUUUUCCUAAUGGUGGAAAUGCUUCAUUCAAAGGUACUAGGAGCAAAAAGUGGACAAAAAAUAUGUAUUCGGACAUUCUGCGAAUAGAUGGAAAUCCCCUGCCAAAACUCCCAGAAGAGGAAGAGGUUGUUGGAAUAAUAACUAUGGAAGAUGUUAUUGAAGAGCUUUUACAGGAGGAAAUCUUUGAUGAGACGGAUCACCAUGAGGAGGAUUCAUGACCGUAGUUAUGUUAUACACAAAGUAUAAUUAGAAAUUUUGAUGUCUUAUUUAAGAAAUAUGCUUUAGCGGACUUCAGAACAACUAUAGUAGAACAUUCUAGACGUUUUGUGCAACUCUUGUCUACUGAAAAAAUGUAGCCUCAAAAAGUGACAAAAGUUAAUUUUCUUUCUGAUAUAAGAUGGUUUGAGUUGGCACCCAGAGAAA